AUGGCCUCAAAGCGCAAAUCAGUCACGUUUCGUGAGAACGUCUCAGUAGUCUACCCAAACAAUUCGGGCGGGUCAUCAUCGCCAGCCCCGAUCACCACUGCGCCCGCAACCGCGCCUCCAUCUCUCGAACUCGACCCUACGUAUCUGACCUGGCUAAGCUUGGCCACCAAAGCACAAUACCCCUUUAUUGUCAACGGAACGUUCGCCAAAUACGUCUACCGCCAGAACUUCGAUAAGCAUCUCAACAUGAAGCAUGACUACAACCUCCAGAUAGCGAGACAGAGAGAGGCGGCAGUGCCACCGCUAGCAGAGAAGUAUGGGUCGUUGGGUUGGGGUAGUUUGUAUGAGAAAGUGACCGAGGAGGCAUGGGUAAAGAAUUACAGACUGAUCUAUCGAUUUGACGGCUCGGAUGAGCAACUACUGGAUAAAAUUGCAGAAGCCUACGACGCAAUCAAGCACACCGUCGCCGAAGAAGAGACAGUGAAUACACUCUUGACUCAAGACGGAUCAAUGCACAUCUCACCAUCCAACCGACAAUGGGAGGCAUUCACGCAAGGCGGAGGGGCUCUCAUCAGCCCGGACUUCGGCCCCGGCGGUGUCAAUCUGCGCUUUGGGCACACAGCGGAUGCCCCUUUCGACGACGAGGAAUCCGUCCUGCUUAGCCCGAGGGAUCGGAAAGGAAACGGGGGAGAGAUGCUGAUGGACAGGGCGGUCGUGAGCAGGGAUCUCGGGAACGCGAUGGUGGAUGCUGGGACUGGGGUCCAGAUGCUCUGGGCAGACCGUCGACGGAGCAGGGCGAGAUAUUACGCUCGCUGA